AUGUGCAGCUCCUGGAAAUCGCUUGGUGUCAAGGAUGUUGUCAAUCAAUAUAAUUUAGGACCACAAUGGCAGACUUAUAUAUUCUUGCAAGAUGACGAUGUAGCUUAUGAAAUUAAUAGAAGAUUAAUUGAGCAAAACAAUGGCUGCAUCAGCUUCUGUUAUAAACUGGAUACAGAUAUAAAGAAGACCUAA